AUGGACUUCUUCAUGUUAAACUCUUCAACAGUCAGUGUCAGGACUCGUCUCCUCGUCUCCUCGCUCCUCUCCUCACACGUUCGGUCUCCUCCUCGUCUCCUCCGUCCUCACCUCCUUCUGUCUCCUUUCUCUUUGUCUUCUGCCCUGUCUCCUUCUCUCCUCGUCUCCUCGUCUCCUCCUGUCCUCGUCUCCUCCUCUCUCGUCUUUUCUCUCUUCUCUUCUCCUUCUCUUCCUUUUCUCCUCGUCGGAGUCGCUCGGAUGUCGUCCCGGUGCCCGCGCUGCGACAAAACCGUGUAUUUCGCGGAGAAGGUCUCGUCUCUGGGGAAGGACUGGCACAAGUUCUGUCUGAAAUGUGAACGCUGCAACAAAACCCUGAACCCAGGAGGACACGCUGAGCACGAUGGACGUCCGUUCUGUCACAAACCGUGUUACGCCGCCAUGUUUGGGCCCAAAGGAGUGAACAUCGGGGGGGCGGGAUCGUACGUUUACGAAGCUCCAGCCAACGACUCUGCUGUUACCACGGAGACGGAGAGUAAACAAGACGAGGAGAAGAAAACGAAAGAGAGAGGACCAGUGAAGGCUGCCAGUUUCUCCUCGUUCUCUGGACCAAAUGUGUGUCCACGCUGCAACAAGACCGUCUACUUUGCCGAGAAAGUGUCGUCGCUCGGGAGGAACUGGCACCGUCCCUGCCUGACGUGUGAGCGCUGCGGCAAGACGCUGACGCCCGGAGGACACGCCGAGCACGAUGAGCGGCCGUACUGUCACAAACCGUGUUACGCCCUCAUGUUCGGGCCCAGAGGAGUGAACACGGGCGGAGUCGAGAGCUACAUCUACAACGACCCCCAGACCGGACCAGGACUGAACCAGGACUAAACCAGGACUAAACCAGGACUGAACCAGGACUGAACCAGGACUAAACCAGGACUAAACCAGGACUGAACCAGGACUAAACCAGGACUAAACCAGGACUAAACCAGGACUAAACCAGGACUAAACCAGGACUAAACCAGGACUGAACCAGGACUAAAC